GAUAACAAUCCAAGCAGAAGUUUUGGGAGCCCAGCCGAUGUGAUGGAUUUUCUGAUCAAUGCCGUAGAUAUAACAUUUAUGGCAAAAUGUUCUGCCUAUGAACAGUACAUAAAAGACGUGCAGCAAGUCUCCACUUCGAUGGUUGCCGAGGGAGCAACUGAAGCGGAAAAAGCCACAAACGCAGCCGAAAAUAAUGCUAGAACGAAACUCAUGUCAGACGAAAAGUUCAAAAAUAUUUUUAAAUUCGUUCAAUUUGUGUUUGAUGCGGCAUGUAAGAAUUCAAAGUUAUUCUCAGAAUUGAAAGACAGAAAAAAGGCAGAUUGCGGCAAACAUGUGCAGAUCAACAUCAAUAGCGGUGGAACAGUUUUCUCAAGCGGAGGCACCUUACACCUUCAUACAAGAAAAUAGAUGUCGUGU